AAGGCCGCAGCUAGGUUAACUUGCAACAACGACCUGCUGGUGGCAGCAGAGAGCCGCCAUCCUUGGCGUAAUGUUCCCAAUUGGACCGCAGAAGAAGCAGUACACGUGAGGACCAUCAUGUCUCCACCGGGAGGGAAGAUAAACAGACCCAAAACAGAACUGGGCAAGAAACUUUUCAAGCGGCGACGAGUUCUGGGGCGAGAGAAGAAGAAGAAACAUCAAAUCGUUGGUGCCGUGGUAGACGAAGGCCUCAUCACCAUCCAUCACCUUAGGAAGAGGAAUACUAGUCCAAGAGCCAACAUCACUUUGUCUGGAAAAAAGAAACGAAAGCUGCUCAAACAGCUGCAGCGCCUCCAAAAGGACAAGGACAGAAUGGAAGUGCAACCUGCAAUUUCUCCACCAAAGAAGAAGAACGCGUCGUGUAAUCCAGCCCAGAAGAAGACAAAAGGCGUUGAGGAUGCUGACAUGGCUGAUGUAGAAUAACUGAUGUUGUUGGGGGUGACUUGGACUCCAAUGUGAUUGGCUUAUCAUAUGAUAGUACAUAAGUAUUAUAUAUACAAAUCUGCUGCGACGAGGUGGUGACUUGUCCAGGGUCUACACAGCCUACCACCCGAAUGCAGCUGAGAUAGGCUCCAGCGACCCUAAAAGGGACAAGCGGUAGGAAAUGGAUGGAUGGAUGGAAAUACAUAUCUGUUUAACAUUAAUAUUUUAUGGUAAAUUUACACGUUUUAAACAUAAGUUCAAUGUUAUAAUAAUGUGGAGUUGAACUAAGAUUUGACGUAUUGCUAUAAAAAACAUGUAUGUUCUCAAGGUUUGUGUGACAUCAAAUUAUUUUUUUAAUUUUCACUUAUAUGAAAUUAAAAUUAAUAUUGAUAA